GCUUCGUUGUGUGGACGGGCGCAGGGUUAAAUCGAUGUAACGCUGCUAAAUUCGACCUAAACUCGUAGUAUAGACCAGGGCUGUGAAACACGAUGACAGCGAGUUCCUCAGAGGAUAUUCCCCUUUCAACCAGUAUUUCUUGAUUUUGCUCUGAUUUAAUCUGAGUCCACUAUAUUUCAUCUUGCAAGCAUUGUGACAUCCUGGUUAUAUCUUAGAAAACGAGAUACACAACUGUGGUUUCAACUGUGUUGAAAGUUAAUGAGUCUUUAUUGAGUUGUAGCCUUCACCCAUUGCAAUGCAAAAGUUUGGGGUUUUUUAAACCACCACUAAGGAUUUUAUCUCUGUGCUGUGACCUCAGAGUUGAUUGUGAGGUAUCCAAGAUGUUAACCAUGGUCAUGUGAUUUUGGAGUUUGGUUGGCACUAGAAUUUAAAUAUUUUUGUAUAGAAAUAGGAGUUUGGGAAGGUCAUCUGAAUUGAGUAUGUACUUUUCAAACACUGGAUAGGCUAUUGCAUUUUUCAGGGAGGAUGGCAUGUUCUCUUCUCUGAAGGAUGCAUUUAUUAUUUUUAAUUUUACAGUUACUUUUCACUAGCUUUCCCAAGCCAAGAAAGGGUAUAUAUCACCUUUGCAUGCAGUGGGUUAAAUGUUUGUAAGGGCUUCCAGGCAUGUCAUUGUGUGUGAAGGAUUCUGUUAGGGGAGGGUGUGACAGUUAAUGUUGUGUGGUUCAGUUCCAGAUUUUCAGCCUUCGCAAGUCUUCUCGUUGAUGAUUUCUGCAAAGUAGAAUGAAUGCUCUGCCAGUGGUUGGUGCUUGAGUACAAUGUUUGGAUUAAUGGAAAUGCUUCAAAGAGCAUCAGAAGAAUUCUCUCCAAAGAUGGAGAUUCCUGAGGAGGAGAUGGAUACAACUGAUACCCAAUGGGGCUGGUUUUACUUGGCUGAAUGUGGCAAAUGGCAUAUGUUUCAGACUGAUUCAAACACUCAGUGUUCAGUUAGCAGUGAAGACAUUGAAAGGAGCUUCAAAAUGAAUCCAGAAGGCUCUGUUUCUUUUACUACUGCAAAAUUUAACUACAAGUUAGACUUUUCAGUGAUGAAACAAACCAAUCUGACUACUGGAAAACAGCGUCCAAUAAAGCGAGCUCCCUUUUCUAUCAGUGCUUUCAGUUAUAUCUGUGAAAAUGAGGCUAUCCCAAUGCCUUCACACUGGGAGAAUGUAAAUACAGAGGAACCGUAUCAGCUUAUUCCUUUGCAAAAACAAACAAAUGAAUAUAAUGAAGUUUCUAGUCUCUUUGGGAAAACAAUGGAUAGCAACCGAAUUAAAAGAAUUCAGAGAAUUCAAAAUCUAGACUUGUGGGAGUUUUUUUGCAGGAAAAAAGCUCAGCUAAAGAAGAGAAGAGGUGUCCCUACCAUUAAUGAACACAUGUUAUUUCAUGGUACCAGCAAUGAAUUUGUAGAAGCAAUAUGCAUUCAUAACUUUGACUGGAGAAUAAAUGGUAUGCAUGCUGCUGUGUAUGGAAAAGGGACCUAUUUUGCAAGAGAUGCAUCGUACUCCAGUCGUUUCUGCAAAGACGAUAUGAAGCAUGGAGACACUUUUCAAAUCCAUGGUGUCAAUCUGCAACAUCAUGUGUUCAGAACGUAUAAAGUUAUGUUUCUUGCUCGUGUUUUAACUGGAGACUAUGUCAUCGGAGAUUCCAAAUACAUGAGACCUCCUUCAAAAGAUGGGAGCUUUGUGAACUUAUUCGACAGCUGCGUGGAUAGUACUUGGAAUCCAAAGAUCUUUGUUAUCUUUGAUACCAACCAAAUCUACCCUGAAUAUUUAAUAGAGUUCUGUUAAGUUUUGCAAGGAGCCAAACUGAAUAUUAGGUUGGUUGUGAUGGAUGGUCAGUAUGUCUUUGCGAAGGAAAUAUAACUUACAAUUCUUUUUUAAAUACACGGUGGUGAACAGGGAUGGAGAUGUGAAGGAAAAUCUGGCUUACAUCUGUAAAAUCCUUUUGGCUUAAGGUUGGUUGUCCAUCUGUUAGUCCUGUAAAUAAACGUUGAUGCUUUUCAUAUUUAGGGUUUAUAAAAAAAUUUAAUAUGGCUUAGCUGAGCCUUAAUUAAAUUGGACAUGUAAUGUCUUCAAAGAAUUCUUACUGCUAUACAUUUUUAAAAAUAAUACAUAUGUAUUUAUCUAUGUGUAAAAUAUAUAUUUAUGCGUAUGAUACAGUAUGUGUACAGAUGAAUAAUCUUUUAUAAAGAUUUUAUUUAUAAUUUUACAAAAUGCAGGGGGCUUAAUAGUUAUUGGUAUAUUGCAGUAUGUAUUACUUGUAGAUUGGAGUUUAAAUCUACAGAACAAUCCGUCUAGGGAAAGCAAAGGUGUGGAAUCCUAGAAUAUCAGGGUUGGAAGGAACCUCAGGAGGUCAUCUAGUCCAACCCCCUGCUCAAAGCAGGACCAAUCCCCAGACAGAUUUUUGCCCCAGAUCCCUAAAUGGCCCCCUCAGGGAUUGAGCUCACAAUCCUGGGUUUAGCAGGCAAAGGCUCAAACCACUGAGCUGAACCAGCUGCUAGGACUAAAUCUAGGUCUCAUUCUGCUUCAAGCAACCUUGCAAUAAUGCUGUGGAACCUGUAAGUUGAAGUCUGGUUGUGACAGAAUAAUAUACCUGACAGCAGUUGUGGUCAGUAAUUAGGUAGGUAUUUAGCCCUCGAGUCCUCUGUUAGGAUCUCUUAUGUGAUCUAUAGAAUUGUUGUUUAAUAGUAAAAUGUGUUUUUUGUCAUCUCCCCUCCCUCCCUUUGAAAACGUGUGUGUGUGUGUGUAUGUAGCCAGCUUCUGUUUGUAUGCUACUGUGUUUCUAUAGCUUGGCUGGAAUUUUAAGAUGCACUCAGUGUUGACAUGACUCUACUUCCAUUGAAGUUGAUGGUAAUACUCUAUUGAAUUCAAUGGAAAAAAGAAUUAAACCAAAAUGAAGGGCUUCUAAAAAUUCCAUCCCUUAAUUUUUCCCUAUGUUUCAUGACUGGUUUUAGUAAUACUUGUAUGUGCUGUUUUUAUGUAAACCAAGUUUUCUUUCCGUUUGCAUAGAUGCAGAGUAUGGACUGUUUUUGCCAGGUAGAAUCUGAUUGGGGAGGAGAAGAGGGACCAGACGAAAGAUCAGAAAGACCUAAACUCCCGAAGAAGGGGGACUGAGGUGUUAAAUGAGUAAAAACACAUUGGCCUUCCCUCAUGAGACUGCCUCUUUGGAUCCCUCCUCUUGGAUUCUUGCCCUGUCACACAGACCUUAGAUAUACUCAAAGUUGUGUUAGCUUUCUGGCAUGGGAGGGAGCAUAUUACUGCACAUGCACAGCCUGGCAUUAUGACCAGCUAAUAGUCAUCUAUCCCCUCCUCCCUAAGUCCUUUAUCUGUGUCUGUUCAUGGACUCUUGCAGUCACACCACAUGUUGGUUAUUUGAUUUUCUUUGAAAUUUCUUGGAAACUUUUCCUUGACUUAUCUUCUUCAGCUGUUCAGGGCAGGGACUGUGGCUUCCUUUGUGCUUGUACAGUCCCUAGCCCAAUGGGCCUCCUGAGUGGGAUCUCUGGUGUUAUUGCAAUGAUAACCAGUGAUUGGUGCUAUAGAACGGUAAACCUUCACUAAUCCACAAGCCUUGUAAUACACGCAUGCACACACAUUAAGGCGACAUCUACACUGUGAGCUAGGUGUGUGUCCCCUGCUCAUGUGUACAUACUUGAGCUAGCAUGAGUAUAAAUAGCAGUGUAGCUGUGGUAGCAUGGGUAGCAGCCAUGGAGGAAUGACUAAGCCAUCCCAGUGUGAGUAUGUGUACACAAGCAGAGGGAAUCACCCCUAGGUUGUAGUGAACCCUCCCGACUUCUCAUCAGAGACUUACUAGCAAAUGCGGUAGGGUGUCCUCAGACUAAGUCCUCUUUAUUUUUAUAAAAUAUUCUACAAUACAUGUACUUGGACAUUAUGAAAUUAUAAGAAGUCAAAAUAAAAAAAGUUGUACCCUU